CGUAGCGGAGACACAAAUGUUUCAUGAAUCCCUUUAAACCUUUUGCAGCUGCAAGAGCCAGGAGUUGUUGCUGCUGCUGCUGCUGCUGCCGACACUUCCUUCUCAACUUUUCCUCGGGAAAUGAGACCCCUAACCCUUUCCUAUUACCAAGGGCGUGAAGGUCUCAAUGGAGCAGCCGGCGUCUGGGCUAGCAGCAGCACCACCGGUUGCCCAUCACCCAGCCAUACCAGCUCGGCCCGCCUGUGUCUACACCAGCUGCUACUGUGAGGAAAAUGUAUGGAAGCUUUGUGAAUUCAUCCAAAACCAGAACCAAUUCCCUUUAGAAGAGUUUUAUGCUGUUUUCAUUUCCAACGAUAGAAGGAUGGUACCACUUUGGAAGCAACAGGCGGGGUGUGGAGGUCAACCUGUGAUUUGGGAUUACCACGUGAUUUUGCUUCAUGUCUCAAAUGGGGAUCAGAACUUCAUUUAUGACCUUGAUACUGUGCUCCCUUUCCCCUGCCUUUUUGACACUUAUAUUGAAGAGGCUUUUAAACCGGACAGCAGUCUUAAUCCUGGAUUUCGAAGAAAAGUCAGAGUGGUUCGAGCUGAUGCGUAUCUGAAGACAUUUGCUUCUGACCGAUCUCACAUGAAAGAUGCCAGCGGGAACUGGCUGAAGCCUCCUCCUGCGUACCCUUGCAUUGAAACUGCAGACUUCAAGAUGAACUUGGAUGACUUCAUCAGUAUGAAUCCAGAUGUUGGAUGGGGAUCUGUCCUUACACUCCCUGAAUUUGCACAGGGAUUUGGCAAUCAGAACUGAUUUCAACUUAUGAUGAAGGACAGUGCAGUAAUUAAAGUUGAGACAUUAGUUGGA